AUACAUUGUUUUAUCGUUCGCCGUAAAGAGUCGUGGCCACUUAUUUUGAUUAAGAAUUUCUCCAUGUUAUAUAUUUUUUAAAAUCAAAUUUGUAAUAUAGUUGAUGAAACUUGCUUGCAGAACUCGCUUUUUAUGCUAACUCUUUGUCAUUCGUAACGUCUCAUUUUUUUACAAAUUACUUACCCUAGCUAAUCUGAUAUCUGACAUCCCAUUCAGCUAAAAAAAGCUAAAGGCUAAAAGCCUAAAAUUUAUCCGCUAAACGUAAACAGUUAACAUGUUGGCAGUUGCGAGCAUGGCUUACUAGUAACUAUUCUAAUGUUAUGGCUACCUGUAUUGCUCAGCUAAACUAAGUAAACCAAUAAGUCCAUGAAAGCAUGUUUUGCUAUAAAAUGCAUAUUUAUAUAUAAUAUAUAUUUAUAUAAUUAAUAAUGAUGCAAUGGGACUAAAAAAAUGAAAUGACUGACUUAACAUUUCAAAAUUUGUUUUAUUCAUACUUCUUUCAUUUUCCAAAUGUAAUAUCUCUGCACUGUUAAGUUAAACCUCUGACAUUAAAAAUGGAGUAAUAAUAAUAAUAAUUUACUUAACACCAAACACCCCUACACUGUUUCAGAUGUUAUGGAAGCCAGCAAAUCCAAGAGGAAGGGGAUCAAUGAGAUGGUUAAAAGGAACAAAUUUAAAAGUGAAUCUCUGCAAAAUAACAUCAUUGAGCAUUUGGUGUCGUAUGUUACUUGCACUGAUGGAGAAAAGGCCAUCCAAUAUUUAUCUAGAUUCCCAAGUGGAAUUAAAUUAAGUGAUGGGUUUGGCAGAACUUUGUUGCACAUUGCAUCUUCCCAAGGUAAAAGUGAACUAGUUCAAUGGCUCAUUGAACAAGGUAGCCAUGUGAAUGCAUCAGACAGGGAGUCAGGCUGGACUCCCCUGCAUCGAGCCAUCUUCACUGGACAUCUGCACACCGCUCACCUGCUUAUUCAGAAUGGAUGCAACUUGAUGAAGAGAGACAAGGAAGGGCUGAUGUAUUCAGACAUCCUCUGCAAGGACAGACCAGCUUGGGUUGAGUUUGACAAAACAGGUCUGAAUGAAUGCUUCACUUGGGGCUCCAAUCCCAACAACAUCCUGGGGCACGAGGACAUGCAGACGAGAAAGGUGGCGGAUCUUGUCGACUGGUUUCAUUGCAGGAAUAUUCACAUUCAAAUGGUUUCGAUAAGCACGUACCACUGCAUCUUCCUGAGCAACUCAGGCAUGGUGUACACUUGUGGACAUGGACUGGGAGGCAGGUUGGGACAUGGGGACGAGAAGGCUUGCCUCGCUCCAAAACAUGUUGAUGCAUUGGCUCACGAAAAAUUUGUCUGGGUUGAUGCAAGUUCCAAUCAGUCUUUCUUUCUUUCUGAAAGUGGAGUGAUAUAUUGCUGCGGCAUGAACACCUUUCAUCAACUCUGCCUUCCUAAUCCAUCUGACAAGUUGCUUAUCCCCAAACAAUUCACUGGUAAGUUGAUGAAGGGCAUGUCGGUGAGGUGCGUCUGGUCGCUGAAGUACCAUGUCGUCAUUCAAACGAAGGACGGCAUUUACACGCAUGGAUUCAAUGCAGGCCAGUUAGGUUGUCACACGAAAGUUGAGGCAGAGAGAAUCAUUCAUCAGCCACGCAGAGUCUCCAGCCUCAUCAUGGAUACUCAACUGUCACUGGUUGCAGUGUCUGAUGCCUCGACGGUUGCCAUGACGACGAAGGGGGAUGUUUUCCUUCUCCAGGACUAUCAGUGUAACAGAAUUGUAUCCAAACUGUUGGGAAUAGAUCAGAUGGCUGUGAGUGGCGGCAGGCUGGAUCGAUCAGUGAUGGCGGAUGAAACUUUUGAAAAUAUCUCUUCAAGGAUCAUCGUGGUGUUUCUAACAACCGCAGGAAAGGUUGUGUUCCUCUGGACAGAUGAGGACAGGUUGACUCGUCAGGUUGUUUGGUCUCCACGCAAGCCAAUGACCGUCAAACACAUUUCUAUUUCCCAUUUGUCUGAUCGUGUCAUUUUUGCCACGAAAGAUGGUGAGGCAUUUAUUGGUAAAGUGCCAAAAGCAAAAACAUCUGCAUCACCACGAACGAACUCCUCUUCUACAUUAGGCCACACCCUCCAGCAGUUGAUUGACAGGAGGCCAAUAGUUGACGUGCCGAUUGAGAGAGUGGCAUUGGUGCACAGGGCUACUUACGUCGCCAUUGACGACAAGGGUAGCAACUUCGCCGUGCUGCAAGCCAGCCCUAAUGCCAACUCGUGGAAUGUACCAGUCUUGAAGGAGUCAACAGUGAAUGAUGACUUCAUGAAUCUCUUGCUGGAGUCGUCAGAAGAUGAUAGUGUUCAUGACGUCAUUAUCAAGGUUGCUACUGAGAGUUUUACGAUAUCUUAG